AUCGCUCCUCAGGCAGCGGGGCUCGCCCCUUCCUCGGGGGGCCUGGGCUAGGCCCGGCCCGGGACCCCGCUGUGGGAAGUCCGGGGGCGGGUGCGACGGGGUCCCCCCUCCCCGCGCGCGCACGAGCACGAGCGGCGGCGGCGGCGUGUCUGUGCCCCCGCCCGUCUGUCUGUCCCGCCAGCCUGCUCCACCCCUGGGGCACGGAGGAGGCGCCCAUCUCCUUUUCUGGCCGGGGCUAUUUGCAUAGCCCCCGCGUGCGCUGGGAGCGCGGGGAGGGGGUGGGAUCAUUCCUGAGCUCCCUUCUCUUCCCCCCCCCCCCGGGGGAUUACAGAGGAUCCCCCCCCCACCCCACCCCCAGUUUAAGACACACUGAAGGAGAAAAGCGGCUCCUCCGCCGCUUCCCGCCCCACUUCUCCCGCACCCGUCGCCUCUUGCUGCUGCUGCUGCGCCCCGGGCAGGAGCCGCUCGCUGCAGCCCGAGGGCGGAUCGGGGCCGCCGCAGACCCGCUCUCUCCGCUGCGGGACCAUGAGCCCGGGCGACGGGAGGCUGCGAGCGGCGGCGGCGGCUGCCGCCGGGCUGCCCCCAGCCGGCACCCGGUGCGCGGGGGGCGGCGGCUCCGCAGCCCUCUGCCUGCUCCUCUCGCUCACCUCGCUGGCCGCCUGCCUGCUGCUGAGCGCCAAGACGUGCGAGCUGCAGGGCAGGGUGGCGGCGCUGGAGGAGCGGGGUAGCCCCGGCUGGGCACCGGGAGCCCCCCUGAGCCCCGGACCGCUGCUCGCCCUGCUGCAGCCCCACAUGGAGCAGCUCUUCCGGGAGAAACUGGGUGAAGGAUUAGCCAAGCUGCGGACAGUGCGAGAGGCUCCAUCUGAAUGUGUCUGCCCACCAGGCCCUCCAGGAAGGCGGGGAAAGCCGGGACGACGAGGAGAACCUGGACCUGCAGGGCAGUCAGGACGAGAUGGCUACCCGGGGCCCCUUGGUUUGGAUGGCAAGCCAGGACCUCCAGGACCAAAGGGGGAAAAGGGUGAACAAGGGGACAUCGGCCCAAGGGGUGAUCAAGGUCAAGAUGGAGCUGCUGGCCCACCGGGUCCCCCAGGACCACCGGGUGCAAGAGGUCCCCCUGGAGAUACAGGAAAAGAUGGCCCCAGGGGACCACAAGGCCUUGCUGGCUUAAAAGGAGAGCCGGGGGAAGCUGGAGUGAUGGGUAUAAGGGGACCUUCAGGACUAAAGGGUGAGCCUGGUUUUCCAGGGAGAAAGGGUGAUGAUGGGACCCCAGGACAGCCAGGGCUUCAAGGGCCUAAGGGAGAGCAAGGAAGCACAGGUCCCAAAGGAGAGAGAGGAAUAGAUGGAUUGCCAGGAUCAAAGGGUGAUCCUGGUGAGAGAGGAGGAGAUGGACCCAUUGGACCAAGGGGUCCACCUGGCCUGAAGGGUGAACAGGGAGAUACUGUAAUAAUUGACUACGAUGGCAGAAUCCUGGAUGCACUCAAGGGCCCACCAGGUCCCCAGGGGCCACCGGGCCCUCCAGGAGCUCCAGGACCAAAGGGGGAGCUUGGAUUGCCUGGUCCACCUGGAGUUGAUGGGGAAAAGGGAUCUAAAGGAGAUCCAGGAAACCCUGGGAUAAUGGGACAAAAAGGAGAGAUCGGAGAAAUGGGCUUGUCUGGCCUACCGGGAAUUGAUGGGCCAAAAGGAGAGAGAGGAGAAACCGGAUCCCCAUGUUUGCAGAACAAUCAUAUCAUACCGGAACCAGGACCCCCUGGAUUGCCAGGCCCUAUGGGUCCUCAAGGAAUCCCAGGUCCUAAGGGCUUGGACGGUGUAAACGGAGAAAAAGGUGACCGUGGUGAGAAAGGGGCAAGUGGUGACGCUGGGCCACCUGGUCCUGCUGGUCCCCCGGGACUUAUUGGCUUACCAGGCACCAAAGGGGAGAAGGGCAAGCCAGGGGAACCAGGAUUAGAUGGUUUCCCAGGUCUACGAGGUGAGAAAGGAGAUAAAAGUGAAAGGGGAGAGAAGGGAGAAAGAGGAAUACCUUGCAGAAAAGGAGCCAAGGGGCAAAAAGGAGAACCAGGCCCGCCUGGGUUGGAUCAGCCUUGUCCAGUGGGAGAACGUAAUCUUAAAGGCGAUAAAGGGGAGCCAGGCUUACCAGGCCUGAAUGGGUUGAGCAUACCCUGCCCUUUGGGACCAGAUGGACUGCCAGUACCAGGAUGUUGGCACAAGUGAUCUCUAAUCAUGAAGCAUAAAGUGUGUAAAUAAUGUGACAUAUUUUGAUCUUUUAAUUUUUGUAAAGAAAAAAUCAACAGUAAUAUAUUGAACUUUUUUAUACUGGAUGCUGUCAUUUAUGGACUUUUAAAAUGUUAUAAAGUUUCCCAAGCCCAUAGGACACGCAUGGUAACAUUGGGAGUUCAUGUACAAACAAGCUGCAGUGGAUGGGAAUAAUCGUAUUUGCUGCUAAUGCUACUGUGUGGACUAACAGUACUGAGACAAUUUGUUGCCUAGUGUGCCUUAGAGCAUGGAGGAGAGAGAUCCCUCUCCUAAAUUUGGCUUUCAACUCUGCAUUUCUGUUGCACACUCACUAAAAGGGUGAAAAAACAUGGCUGAAAGCAAAAAAGAAAAGAAUGCAGCCCUAGAAAUGAAAGAAACUCAUUUGUCACCCGGCCGAGUGAAAGGACUUUCAGCUGGCAGAGAAAACAAGGCCAACCCCGUUCGCUGCUACAUGCUCCCACCCUGAUGGAAACAGUAAAGUUUUGGCUCAGUAUGAUGAACUCGGCCAUCUAUGCAUGCUUCAACUACUAAUGACAAAACUUGUAUCUCGGGAAGAAACAUACAUUUAACUUUCUGAGGUGUGUGGCUGAAGAGUUGCAAGAGUCUUGCUGGGGAUUCCAUCUUUCUUACUACAGAAUCCAGAGAACCUGGGAAACCUCAUCUGCCAAACACACUUUUUUAAAAAAUUGCUAUCUUAGGCUCGGCGCAUAAUGAGAACUCUGCUAAAGUCUUUUCUAAAGCAAGAGAGCACUUAAAAGUGCUACACUGGGAGGAUCCCAAAACUUCGAAGAGGUCACAGUAUGAAAUACAGUAUUCAAUUCCCUUGGUUGGUAGGGCUUGUUUUGUGAACAUUGUAUAAUUUGAUCUGCAUACUCAUACUCUUCCUCCACCUUCUUCUCCCUGUCUCUCUCUCUUUGCUAUAAAUGAGUUUGAACUCAGGCUCAGUCUAUACCACACAACCACUCAAAAAUACUCUGUGAUCUGUGACACAGUAAUCCCAUUCUGCAAGUUACCUUGACCACUCCAUUCCAUUCUUGAAGAAAUGAGAACAUCCAGAAAGCCUAAUGGUUUCUCUUUAUUGGAUGGGGACAGGGCUUAGCAGUAGACGCCAAUGACAUUGAAAAGUGGACAGACAAAACUUGGAAGUACUGGUAAACAGGUCAUCGGAGCCUAUAUCAGGUAAAGCCUAAUUAACCAAAAGCUCAAGACCCAGGCUUUUAGGACAUGCUGAUUUUGUAGAUGUACUAGUAGGUGAGGGAACAGGAGUAGUAAGGUAACCAGGCAGAUUGGAGAAACCUAGAGUGAUUGCACAGCCAUCAAGUACACUCGUCUUGGAUAGGAGCUGCAGCUGCAUGCCGUACAAAGUGGAAUAGCAGUGUGCCACCCAGGGGGAGGGGAAGGUGUUCCCAUCUUGGACAGAGCUGUAGAACUGGCUGAGGAGAGUUGGCUCUGAAAGGAAAAAGUUGCAUGGCAAAGUAUUGCAAUCCUUUGAUCUCUGUGCUCCUCCCAAUGCACUUCUUUAGUAGCAUAAUGUAACUAAAGAAUAAAGAGAGAGGAAACAUCAAAAUGUUGUGCCUAUGGUGCUUAUUGUGUUGAUACAAACCUUGUGUUUAGAUCAUUAUUCCAUUGAGUCUACUGGGUACAUGCAGGCUUGUGAUGAAGUGAGGAUACUGGGAUAAAGGCAAGAAUUAAUGAGCUUUGCCUGUACAAGUUAACCUAGUGCAGAGUUAAUUCCAGCUCUAAUAAAAUAAACAAGGAUAAUAUGCUCAGUACUGUAUGCUGCUCUCCAUUAAUGUCUCCAAACAGAUAGUAGAAAGUUUCAGAAUUAUGCCUACGAAUUAUCAUCAAUGCCUUGGUGCAUUAUUUUUACUGGAUUUGUCUAGGAAAGCCUCCUAGACAACAGAGAGCAUUUCCUGUACACAGAUUAAUGUUUGAAAUGGACAUACAGCUCAUCAUGAUAGAAGAUGUGGACUACAUAAAAGAUUCACAGGAAUAUGCAGUUAACUUUAUUUCUUAUAUUUGUCAGCCACUCUGGUUUUGUAUUACUUGUCUUUUUUUGUUUAAAGACUGUAAAGAUGUAUGUUGUAUUUUUUACUUUUCUCUAUAAUUAUAUUGAUUAAAACUCAGAUAAAUUAAUAGGUCAAGAAAUAGGAAUUAUAUAAUUUAACCAGCAAUAAAAAUGUGUUUUAAUUAUUUCUAAUUCAUGAAGUUAGCUAUCACUUUAAGGGGAGAUUUUGAAAGGCACAAAGGGCAGUUACGCACCCAGUUCCCUAGUUCACAUUAACAUACUCCUAUUUGGUUAUGUUAACACGAACUUAGAUAUCUUUUGGAGUACACCAACAGGAGCUACAUGGGGCAUUUAGAGUACAGCACACUGGAGUGCUUUACAAAUCACACCUUUCUAAUGCAUUUUGCCAAGGCAAUGUAAACAAGCCCUAAAGCUAGAGUGGUUUAUUUCAUUCACUGUUGUUCAGGACAGUCCUGGCCAUAUGCUGCACCCUGUCAUUUCAGUCAUGUUAAAUGCCCAAUUGUUGUUAACAGAGUUCCAGUACAGUUGCCCUGUCUGGCCUAGUCUAUGCAGAAUUUUAGGGAAAUCUUCCGCUGUUGGUCUAGUAUUCGUGUAGCACAAUCGGUGCAAGCAACAGUGUGAUUGCACCAGUGCUAUAAUAGUAGUGGGAGAUCUUGCUAUAAUUCCUAAUGGGAAGACUUCCUCUGGCCUUUACUACUUUCCAAAUAUUUCCCAUCAUUGCAAGCUCCAGUUCCGUGCCACCAGCAUACAGACAUUGGGAGCCUGAGGUUGACUCACUGCCAGUAUUUUAAACAACCUGAUGAUUAAGCCUGCCCUUGUGGGGGGAACUGUAGUUUGCAGUUGAUGCAAUUACAUACUUGGAGGUUAAUCAAGGAAUGUUUCUCCUAGUUAGGAAAGAGAUUGGGAGAAAACCCAAACUGACUCCAAACUGAAAAUAUUUCUUUUCAAGCCUUGAUGGUUAUUUUUGAUAAUUAGAUCAAGAAAUCAAGAUGUUGCCAAAUACUUUAUUUUCUUUCAUCCAUUCAUAGAUGCUGACAUUUUCUGUAUAUAUAAUGAUGAUGAACUUAUUUCUCCUGUAUAUUUAAAAUCUCUAUCUAUGAAUGUUUUCUCCUAAUGCUAAAGCUGAAAUAUUUCUUAUGUGUUUUCUAGAAAACCAAAGGAUAAAAUGUUUCUUAGUCAGUUUUUCAGUUUUAUAUGUUUGGUGUCUGAUGGUCUUUAACUAAACAAAUCACUGAUAUGUGCUUUUUGAACUGGUCAUUCUUGUUAAUGCUAAAACUGAAAAGGAUGGAAUCUACCCACGUCAAAAAUAUUAAGCAUAUUCCAUAUUUUUUAAGCCUUUCAGAUAUAUUACCAUGGUUAUCUACUAUCAAAAGGUUGUACGUUUGUUAUGGCCAAGACUUCCAUGACAGAAACCCUGCUCUUAGGGUUGUUUUUUUCGAUGUUUGUUUGUGUUUUUGUUUUAUUUAGUCACAGGGUCAAAUUCUUAGAUGGUGUAAAACUAGCAUCAGUCCACGACAGAGCAAGGAUCUUUCAUGAAUUUUUACAAAUUUUGGCCCCAAUCCUGCAGUUAGACCUCUGCAGGCAGACCCUUCCACCAACAGAGAUCCAACUACAGGAUCAGGACUUUGGUGUUCUCUACACACUAUGUAGAGGAGUUUGAGUUUUCAACUAUUAGCUAAACACCACUAAAUUGUGUUAUUCAAUUCACUAUAAAAUAAAUGGUAUUUAUUUAAAUAUUCUCAUCACUUCCUAUGGCAAACAAAGUAUUGUUAUGCCAUAACACUUCCAGAUUUAUUGCCAUGACAAACAGCCAGCCUCUGCCAUAAAUAACCUUUCAUAAUAUAUAAUUAUGCAUCCUUUUGGUAUGAAAAUUCAAUAAACAAAACUAGAUGUACAGAAUAGUUGAUUUUGGUAGAUUGCAUGGCAACUGAACGGUUGUUUAAUGCUGCCCCCUAGAGGAUAUGUUUUCUAACAAAAUAAGUAGCUUUAUGUCAGGGAGAGGGGAAUCUGAUUUUUCUGAUGUUAAUUUGGGGGAGAAGUAUGGAUAACUCAUGUAUUUUUAUGGUUGAAAUAUCUCUGUAAAACAACAGAAUAUUUAUUUAAAUACAGUUUCAUAUUUUCAAUUUUUUUCAUUUUCUGACAUGUCAUCAUAAUGGGAAACACCAUAAACUUCUCAUUUGUUCUUAUUUAAUUGUUGUCCUAGUAAUUAAUUCACUGUGCUUCUUAGAUAGACAAAAAAAAAUUUGCCUGAGAUUGCCAGCCAAACUUCUUUGAAAGGAGAGAAAACUUUUAAAUAUUUUCCAUAUUGUCAACAGAUUUAUCUGAACAAUGAGCCAAAUGUACAAAUAAAGAAAAUUAAAAAUCUGACUAUAAAAUGUAAACAAUAAAAGCUGCUCUUAAAAAAAUUAUCCUUAGACAAGUACUAUAUGUUCUUGGCCCAAUUCUGCUCAACAGAAUUUACACCAGUGUAGCAAAGAGUAGAAUUUGGCCAUUUUUUUUUUUUUAAUGGUACUUGUUUCCAUUAGGAUGCACUGUAACCUCGGUAUUGCUUUCCCUCAUUUUAUGCAUGAUUGUUUUUACUUCAUAAGCAUUUUUUUACCUGACAAUGAUAAAAACAGUAGAUUUGUAAGUAAAUAUUUGCUGGUGCACUUAAUAAAUGGGGCUUCCUAUCUGUUAGCAAUAAAGUUUUUGAAGUAUUUAAUGAAAUGUUUUCACUGAUUUCAAGCUGCCCAAAUCACUUUAAUUUGCACAGCUGGCACAGAUGUGACAUACUGCCUUGCGUGUUACUGACCUUGGCAGCCUUACAAGACAACCUUUAUGAAGAGAUGAACUGUUCUUGAACUGUUUCACUGUUACGCUAAGAAUAACUAUUCUACUAAUGCAGAAAAUUAGGAAGCAAGAACAACUGAUCACUUUAGUCCAUCCCCACUGCAUUUUAUUAGAGGAUCAACCAGUCUUUGGCAGCUGUACCCAAAAUUGUUAUAAAUCCCAGAUAUGAAUCUAAUCCAGUUUUAAAUACUUUGGUGACUAGUAGCUUCAUCUACUUCCUUUGGUAGUCUACUGAACAUCAAAGUAAACCACUGAGUACAAUUACUCUUCUUAAUUUGCACUCAGUCUCUCUUGCUUGUAGUUGGUUCAUGAUUUAAUACAUAGUUUUAAUUGUGUGACUCUUGCAUGUAUUUCUAUUCCAUUUAAUCAUCAUGCAAAAAUGUUCUAGCAUUAUUUUGUGGAAUAUGAGCACAGUGAGCAGUGAAAACCUGUCAUUUCAAUAAUUUAAAACUGAGCUGAACAAGGCACAUGAGCAUAUACUGCAGAGACUAUGCAGUAUUCUAGAGAGUUUAGGGGGAGCCAGAAAAAGAUAUUGAGGCAUCAGUUUUCAAUGCAUUAGAACUGGCAGUUAUCAAAACCACUGACUGUAGGUAGGAACUAGUAUAUCUGCAAUUUACAGUUCUCCUUUCGUCUGCUGUAAAACCCUGUGUACUACAGGUUGGCAGAGGUUGCCUCAUUGUUGAUGAGUUUCAUGUAAUGUGAACAGUCAGCUAACUAUUUUUAUGAGGCUCCAUUAUACAACAAAGAGUUCUUAAAAGGAGGAAAGUAAAAAUGGAGUAAUCUCAAUGCAUAUAUUUAAAAUACAUAAUCUGAAAUCACUAAGACCUACCCUGCUGCUUUUUCUGAUGAUAAAUACUAUUUGUACCUAUCAAAAACUGAUAUGUACAGACCUUAGGUUUUGCAAUUUAUUUUGUGUGAGUGUAUAAAAUUGAGUUUGUAUUUUCAGAUUUGUUUUCUUUAGUUAAACAUAAAUAUAGUUAGGACCUGAUUUUGCAAAGUGCUUAGCACCCAAUUACUCACUGAGUUUCAGGAUCAGGCCCAUUAGCUAAAAUUAAAACUGGAUCAGCCUCUUACUGGGUGCAUUCUGGUUGGUAACUUCAGUGUGGUGGAGUGCAAUAUUGUAGAAAUUCUCAGAAUACAAUAAUUUUUAUCUUGCACUGUUUGUUUUUUCUCCAUUUACCUUUGAUGUUUUACAUUCUGCAUUUCACAGGAAAAAAGAUAUAUUCAGUAUGAUAAAACAUACAGCUGGAAAUGCCACUGAGCAGGAAGUUAAGGCUACAAUCACAGUUUACAAUCCAAAUAAUCAAAGUGCAAACAAAACCACCUGCUAUCUGUUGCCCCAUACAAUAUUAUUUGCAGUGGAUAUACAAGUCUUUUUAAACUGCAUUCAUUCUAUAAUCUAAGUGCAAUUAUCUGCAGUUGAAGAAGCUACAAAUGUUAGUAUUUUAUACUAAAUGAAAAUCUGACAUAUUUAUACAGUAUUUAGAAGAAUAUAAAUAAGUGUAUUAGCUCACCUGGUUUCAUUAUGUCAGUGGGGCCUGAUCCUAUAAACUGUUAUGCAAGCAUUCCUUAUUCAUGUGAGUAAUCUCAUUCAUUCAGUUGCAUCUGUUCAUGUAUCCACAUGAGUAAGUGUUUGUGUGCUGGGCCUCUUGUGAAGAACAGUUCUGUUUGAAUGUAUUUACAUAGUAUCUUAUCUAAAGCUUUCCUAAGUUUCAGUAAAAUGUAUUGCUUUUCUAAAAAAAAUAGGUACCUUUAUACAAAGAAGGUAUUUAGCAAGUCUUUUAUUUUUAAACCCUUUUAUAAACUGUUAAAAUGUACAUGCCAAGAGCAGUGUUCUACUUAGCCAUAUUUUUGGGGAACAACUGUUUGUUUUUUAAAAAGGCAUUAAUAGUGUUUCUUAUCCAUUGUUUGUUAUGUUAAAAUGGUAUUAAUAGUACUCCAUUUUAUUUUAUUUUAUAACUGCAAUAGACAGUGAUUAUUUUGAAACCUUCAAAACCAUUGCUUCAUUGUGUUUUAAUCUGUAAUAAAUUAAUAUUUGGACUCUUUAAAAAAAAAUAAAACUGCCUCCCUU